UGGUAGUUCAUUCCUCCAUAUGCUUGUUUCUUAGCUACAAUUUCAACCUUAGUUUGUUUAGGUUGUGUUUGGUUUGUAGAAUUAAGUUCAUGCUCAUGUCUGUAGGUAUGUCAUUUUCAUUUUUCAUGUAUCAUCCAAUAUCCAUGUACUACUAUGCUUGAUCCAUCUCUCUUUUUUAACCCCUUCUUGAAGCUAAGUACUGCUAUAAUGCAAUGUGACUACUCCCCUUUCUCAUCUAUCAUGAACAUUUUUGGUGGGUCAAGAUAGUAGUGGCAUAGUGCCACUAAUUACUUUACUUUCCAAUAUUGAACUCUCUAGCCAUGUCCAUUUAUGGUGCUUUUGAUUUAUUAUUGCUACUACCACAACAGGGUUCCUAUACAUCUCUCUCUCUCUCUCUCUCUCUCUCUCUCUCUCUCUUGGACUUUUUGGUUGUGGAUUCUACCUUGCUCUCUCAAGCUCAAAGUAGCCAACAUUCAUGGCUGCUCUAUUCAAAGCUGUGGCUGCUCUCCAAUGGCAACUGCAGUAUGAGCAGUUAAAAAUCUCUCUCUUCUUUGCAGCAGGAAGCCAGAGUCAAUUCUUGUAGUAAAUUUUUUGCCCCAAUUUACCAAGCCAUUAAUUAAACUAAUGGGAGUGAUGUCUCCAACCAAGCUGAGGAUGAAGCUGCUGGGAUCCCAUGGCGGCAGCAUCGGCAGGGUUGACGAGGCAAAGAAGUCGCCGCGAGCGUCGCCGGCGAGGCUCGACGCCGACGAGGACGACGACGACCACCCCAAGAACAGCCUCCUGCCCCAAGAACUCGACGAAGAUUAUCCCAAGGACCAGUCGGAUUCUUCUCGCUCGCGCUCCGACGCGAGCCAUGGGAGAGCUGGCAAUGGCUACGACAGCGGCGGCUUCGAGUUCUACAGGGAGGAGAGGCCGCCGCCACCGCCGCCGGCGGCGGUGGCGGUGGUCGGCGGGACGUUCUUCAGGCAGGUGCCGUCAAAGUGGAACGACGCCGAGAAGUGGCUCGCCGGGAGACACGUCGUGCACUCCAACCCAAUCUUCUCCAAGAAGGCCGCCGCCGCAGCAGCGGCCGUGUCCGGCCGCGUUGCGCCGGAGGCCUCGGCGUCGUCGUCGCCGCCGUCGGUGGCGAGCAGGCAGCGCCAGCAGAAGAGGCUCCGCGUGUCGUCGGAGGCGGCGGCGGUGUCGAUGCGGGACGUGGGGACGGAGAUGACGCCGAUGGCGAGCAAGGAGCAGUCGCGGAGCGGCACGCCCGCCGGCGCCGCCACGCCGUCGCUGAGUCCGCUCUGCUCGGUGCCGACGAGCCCGAGGGGCGCCGCGUCCGCGUCGUCGGCGUCGUCGGAGCGGGAGCUCCAGAUCAGGACGCGCCGCGAGAUCGCCGCGCUCGGGCUGCAGCUGGGCAAGAUGAACAUCGCGUCGUGGGCCAGCAAGGACGACGACGACGAGCUCCCCCGCGCCUCGCCGGAGAAGAGACCGAGACCGAGACCGAGACCUCACUCCGGCGACGGCGGCGGCGAGGCCAAGAAGAGGGAGUUCGAGGCGCGCGCCAUGGCGUGGCAGGAGACGCACAAGUGCAAGCUCGCGUUGAGGUUUCAGAGGAAGGAGGUGAAGAUUCAGGAAUGGGAGAGCUGCCAGAAGGCCAAAUUCGAAGCCAAGAUGAGGCACGCAGAGGUGCAGGCAGAGCAGAUGAAGGCGAGGGCGAAGCAGAAGCUGAGCAGGAGGCUGUCGGCGUUGAGCCACAAGGCGGAGGGGAAGCAGGCGAGGGUGGAGGCUCGCCGGAGCCGGCAGGCGGCGCGGCUGGCCCGCCAGGUGCACCGCAUCCGGGAGACCGGCGCCGCGCCGUCGCGCCUCCGCCGCUGCUGCAGCUGGCUGUUCCUCUGAACAUCUGAAGAAAAACAAAAAAGAAAGAAAGAAUUCUCAAGAUGGAUCAUGAUCAUGAUCAUCAUGCUGUCACUCAAAAUGCCAUGGGAGCUCUGUAUAUGAAAUGGAACUAAGCUGCAAUGGUUUGUUUGGAGCAAAUGUGCUGUAGACUAGAAUUGUUGAUGUUUAGCUGCUGCUUGCCUUGUGUGAUCUGAAUUUGGGUCUGGUAGUAUUUGACAUUGAUCACCUGGAUUUGCAGCAACCUUGCUCUGCUGACUUGAAAAUCCUACUUGUCUUUUUAACUGAUGAACAUUUCAAGAGAGGAGAGAUUUUUAGUCA